AUGCCUACUCCACAUUUACUUCUCGAUCAAUUUCCAGUGGAAAUUAUUUUCAACGUAUUCUCUUAUUUAUCCGCCAGUGAUAUUCUCCGAUCAUUUCAUGAUUUCAGUCGAUAUCUAAGACAAUGCAUUCGAAGUUAUGACCAAUUCAAAGUCAACUUCAAAUCAAUAUUCAAGCGCGACUUUGAUUUCAUCUGGCGCGUUCUUCGUCCCGAUCAAAUUCUUACGUUGACAUUUUCGGACGAUGAAGAAACACCAGGUCAAAUCGAUUACUUCUUCACACUUUUCCCCGCCUUUGAUCAAACUUUUACUCGACUUGAACAUCUUCAGCUGCACAAUCCAGAUAAACUUCCACACUGGUCACAAUUGAAAUGUCUUCACACUCUCACAGUUGACUUCAAACGCUGGCCACGUUAUUCUUUCGACUAUGAACAAUUGAAACAAUUCGAAAACAAUCUCAUCAACACCUUUCGCAUACCCACUUUGCAAACGCUCACUGUAAACAAUGAACUAUUGAAUAUUGAUUGCAAUUUCCACGUUUUACCCGUGGCUGAACAACUUCAUCAAUUCAAAGUCCUCAUCCGAUCUAUCGAUCUUCUUCCGACUAUUUUCAAAUCCACACCAAAUAUCCAUCGACUUAACCUUAUCUUAAAGUCAAGAUCGAUUGAAAAUGAUUGCAUGUCGCACUUCGACGCGCCUCAAUCAUUAACUCACUUGACCGUUCGAGUAGCAUAUGGUCUAUGUGAGGAAAUCAAAAAAAUUAUCGAAGCAUGCAAAAGCUUAACUCACUUGAAUAUUCAUGUUGAACGAUAUCAGAAAGAUAUUGACCAAUGGAUGGAUGGUAAUUGGUGGGUGAGAAUGAUCGGAGAGAAAUUAUGCAAAUUGAAAGUGUUUUCCUUGAAAAUCGAUGUUCCUGAUUGGUUUGAUAAAAUACUUCUGCAACAACGCCUUGAAAGUUUUCAAACAGAAUUUUGGGCAAAUCUUUCCUCGUUCACUAUUGACAUUAAACCAUAUGAUGAAACGACAACUAUUUCAAAACAGCGGAUUGUAUCAAUCCAUUUGCCAAUGACCGAAAUGUCGAAUAAAGCAUUACCUGACUUUCCCAAUGUGGAAACAAUACGAUUAGAAAAUAAGGAUGAUCUUUCAAGACAUCACAUUGUGUCAGACAUCGUGGAACUCAAACAAAGCAUGAAUGACUUAUCUCGAUUAAAGCAUCUACAAUUGGACAAGCUAUGUUCAAUAACACCAUCUGUACUGAAUGAACUCUUGAGUAUUGCCCCACAACUGACGCGUUUAACAAUUUCAUCUGCGAAAGACGAUGUAAAUCAACUAAUUCAAUCAACUUAUCCACAAAUCCGUUGGCUAGAUAUGAAACAGGAAUACGUAUUCAGCAAAUUCCGAGCUAAAUUUUGCUCUGCUUUUCCUAAUCUUGAACAUCUAUACAACUGCCGUGUGUAUACCGAAGAGGAUUUAGCAAUGCUAGUUGAAAAUUUCAAACACCUUCAAAGUAUUACUGUUCACAACGUCACGUAUUAUUACGAUAGCGAUGAAGAGUUUGAGCAAUGGCUGACAAAACAUACUGCUCUCAGAGACUUUACAUUCAAAUUGAUUCAUCCACGUCUUGUACAUUUAUGGAUCGCAAAGUGUACAAUACUGAAAACCAUGGCUGUCUUUCUAUUAUUAACGUUCAUUGCUGUUGUUACACAAGGAAAGUCAGCAAGUAUUUCUCCAGCUGUCGACUAUCAUCUACCAGAUUGGGAAGACACCGGUAGUAUGAAUUAUGCACGAGCAUCGCACACAUCGACGUUAUUAGUUAGUGGGAAAGUAUUAGUUACUGGUGGAGUCAGUAAUAAUACUAAAUAUCAUGAUACUGCUGAAUUGUAUGAUAUUAAAAGUCAAACGUGGACAUUGACUGGCAAAAUGAAUCAUCCACGAGUACUACAUACAGCAACUAUUCUAGAAGAUGGAUCGGUCUUAGUGGUUGGCGGAUCUUAUCUAAAGGCUGGCUUAAGUUCUGCUGAGCUGUACAAUAUAACAACAGGAACUUGGACAAUGACUGGUAAGACAAGUUCUCCACGAUUUGGUCAUACGGCGUCUUUACUAUCAAAUGGAAAAGUGCUAAUUAUUGGUGGUUCUAAUGGAACUCGUUUUUUGAAGAGUGCUGAACUAUAUGAUCCAUUAACAAGAGUUUGGACAACUACGAGUAGUAUGAGAAUAUCACGAUUUGAUUUCACAGCAUCGGUGUUAACAACCGGAAAAGUACUGAUUGCUGGUGGAGUAACAGACGAGGAUGCAUCAGGUGGUAAUGAAUUGUAUGAUCCGACGACAGGAGACUGGACACCUGUUAGUAACAUGAAUAUGCAACGAUUUGGUCAUACAGCAUCUGUGCUAAGAAAUGGGAAAGUGUUAGUUGCUGGUGGAUUUAACAUUGAUUUUACAAAUACUGCCGAAUUAUACGAUCCAUCAACGGAUGUUUGGACAAACACAGGUUUGUUGCAUCAAGCGCAAGCUUUCCAUACAGCAUCUACGUUCAAAAACGGAACGAUACUAGUCACGGGAGGAUAUGGUUCUUCUGGUCACUUCUCAAAAUAUUCGGAAGUGUAUAAUUCACUAACGGGAAGCUGGAUGAUUACGGAUAGUGUCGACCAUCCACGAUAUGAGCAUAGUACAACCGUCCUGCCGAGUGGAAAGGUGCUGAUGUCCGGAGGAAUCGAUAGCAAUUCUAUUUAUCUAAAUAGUGCUGAGUUGUUAUAA